AUGACCUACAGGCACAUUCAGGUACUGGGGGGAUGCGGAAAUUUCCAUGUAAGUAUCCUCCAGUUCACCAACGUCGGCCACCUGCAGUUCAGGCAAUUCCUUUACUGCAUCCUCGAGCUAUUCCGGUCGAAUUGCAACGCAAAAGCUGAAUGUGGACAAUAUGGGACUCCUGGCCAGCAACACUGUCCUCUGAACGUGUGCUCUUCUGCGGAAGUACCUCUGACUUUUGUGACACCGGCUGUCAAAAGGAUUUUGGUGGAUGCGGUCCUCCCCCUCAACCGUCUUGCGGCGGCUCCAAACUACUACGAGUCUUGGGCUGCCACUCGGACAUGCCAAUCGGUCACCCCUGAGGAGCUCAAUCUCUCUGGGUUCACUCACAUCAAUUUCGCCUUUGCUUUUUUCGAUCCCAGCAGCUUCCAAAUUGCGCCCAUGGACUCAAAUUCUGCGUCCCUAUUAGGCCGUUUCACCGCCCUGAAAGAGAAAUACAACGGACUUGAGACUUGGAUUUCCAUCGGUGGGUGGUCUUUCACAGAUCCUGGCCCAACUCAGGAGGCGUUCAGCACAAUGUCUUCAACCUCCGCAAAUAGGCAGACAUUCAUCAACGGUCUUCUUAAGUUCAUGAACCAGUACGGUUUUGACGGCGUGGAUCUCGAUUGGGAGUAUCCCCAAGCAGAUGAUCGUGGUGGUCAGCCAGCCGAUACCGAGAAUUAUGUUGCACUCGCCAAGGAGCUCAAAGCUGCUUUGGGCCAGAAGGGACUGUCCAUGACGCUUCCAACUAGCUUUUGGUAUCUCCAGCACUUCGACGUAAAUUCGCUCCAGGAGUCUGUUGAUUGGUUCAAUUUCAUGUCAUAUGAUCUUCAUGGAGUAUGGGACGCCCAGUCGCAGUUUGUUGGCCCGUACAUCGCCCCUCACACCAAUCUUACCGAGAUUGACCUGGGAUUGGACCUUCUCUGGCGGGCUGGUGUUCAGGCAGACAAAGUUACUCUUGGAAUGGCGUGGGUACGUGACAACAAAAUAAAACGCUAUGCUGACGUCAGGUUGAUAGCUGACCGAUCCUUCACAUUAUCAGAUCCAUCAUGUAGUACUCCCAACGACGUCUGCCAGUUCUCUGGAGGCGCAAAUCCUGGGCCUUGCUCGGGCACCUCUGGGAUACUCGACGACCAAGAGAUCCAGAAUAUCAUUACGCAGAACAGCCUGACACCGACAUGGGAUCAUACAGCUGGGGUGAAGUGGAUCACUUGGGAUAGUAACCAGUGGAUUUCAUACGAUGACACAGAUACUUUUCAGCAGAAGAAGAACUUCGCUAGUCAACGCUGUCUAGGUGGCCUCAUGGUAUGGGCUAUGGAUCAGAAGGAUCAGACCCAGUCCAAUGGGCUUGGUUCUACUCCCAACGUCACCCCAGAUCAGCAGGCAAACGCACAGCAGAUGUCCAGUGAUCAAGCCGCAUCUUUAAGCUGCUACACCACAGAUUGCAAUGCCAAGUGUAAAUCAGGAACAAAUAAGGUCGCUGAAGUCUUUGGUCAGCCUGGACAAAUUUCCACGAGGGACCGAUGCUCGAAAAACCAGUACCGGAGUGUUUGCUGCAAUGACGGCACAACCAUGGGCAAGUGUCAGUGGCGAGGAUACCGCGGUGUCGGCAUGUCGUGUAUUCAGGGUUGCGCUGAUGGUGAAACUGAAGUUGUGACUGACACAAGCGUACAAAACGGGAAGAAAGGCCAAACCUGCAAUGGUGGUCUCCAGUCCUACUGCUGCGCCGGCUUCUCACCGCCACCUUCUAAGAGUCAGCUUGAAAAAGAUGCGGCAGAUGCUGCCAAAGAUGCUGCAGAAGCCGCCGCUCAACAGGCGGCUCUAGACUUGGCGGCGAAGGCUUUCUGCCGUGUGGCCGUCCCGGCCCUUCUCGCACCACUGGAACUUGCGGAAGACCUGAUCCCCAUUUUCGGGGAGAUCCUCGAUCUUGCCGAGCUCGCAGCGACGCCCGCGCUUAUCGAAGGGUGUGUCAAAGGCAUCGAGAAGGAGGGAAAAGCCGAAUUCAAGGUUUUCGGCAAGGAGCACAGUCUCUCACCGGGUGAGAUCUGUCAGUUCUUCGGGAAUGCAAAUCCUGAUCAUAGCUGUGAAUAUUCAGAUGAGCCCAGCAAGCUUCCAGAGACACGUCCGCCCACCUCAAGCCACGAUCCUGAACCAACAAGUUCAGCAUGUAAUAAGCGCGCGCCGAACUGCAAGCGAGCGAUAUCAAGCACGGAAGCCAAGCAACCCAUCAACACUGAGCAUCCAGGUGUGCAAAGAGUUUGCGACGGAGCACGAUGGCCACAGGCUUGCCAGCAUUACUCAUCUGUAAUUGAUUUUAACCAAAUUCUCGUUGACGCAGGUGAGCGUGGAUACAACCCUCUUACUUGUCCGACAUUCUCUGGAUUCAACUAUCGUCAAGGAGGAAGAGGCGAGCAGAUUACGGUUGAUUGGACUGAUCAACACAAUAAUGACUGGUGGAAUGGCUACAUGCAAGAACCAAACUUGAACUGCGAGAGAGAUGAAUAUCCUCCCAUAGGCUUCUGGCAAGAUCAAGAUCUCCACGACCAGUAUGUAAGGAUGGUACCGGGAACCCAGAACCAGGCUGCAGGUGCGGCAUUAUUUGGAUUGGGGCUCUGCCGCUACAGCGGAGACGGUAAACCACCUGCGUCAACCAGAAAUGUUCGAUUCGACCGAAUGAUCCACGGUCCUGACCGAGACACGUCCGUCUAUACUGCGGACGUGACUACUACUCUUGCUACAGUAUCAAUUCGAUUUGAUGCGUAUCCGCACCAGCCGGACUUCGGCAUCACGGCGAAUCCAUGCUGGCCUUCAACGCUCGUCGAUGAUCCAGGAUUCGCUUUACUGAAUAGUGACCCUUGGUACGCCGCCCUGAGUAACCGCCAGCGACACCAGUCAGUCGAUCAAUACUCGAAUCCGCCUCCCCUCGCCGUUAUCCAGAACAAGCCUCCCCGAGCAGGAUAUCAGAAGCGGUUCAUCGAUCCUCUGGACAUGGACUUGAGCUUUGACGAAAGAGACACUAAAUAUGAGCUAACGGAGUCCCUGGCCGAGCUGGGCAUACGCAAGUGUCGCAGUACGAAUUGCGUCGACGAGCUGAAGGAAAUGAAGGGUUCGUCAGUAUACGGUGCCCCGCCGAAAGGUCCCUUAAUGCCAAGGGCGAGUGAAGCGGAGCCGACGGCGGUGGAUACUGGUUUGCCACCUGCGGCGACACCGAUGGCACCGAAAGUUGGCGGCGGUGGUGCGCAACUAGCUCUUGAUUUAAUUCCGAGGCCUACGGUAGGGAUUGAUUGA